GGUGAGGGUCGAGCCCACUACCUCAUUCCCUGGCCCGGGCCUGGCUGCCCUCCCACGCUCUCCCCCUUCGCUCCUCUAUAUAGCCCCCAGCACCAUUUCCCUGAGGGCUCCCAGGAGGUGAGGGCCAGGUGAGACGCAGACCACUAGAUUCAGUGUAAGACGACAAACAGGAUCGAGUGGUUUGAGGGACACAAAUCCUGAGCCCGGGAAGAAUCACAGGACAGGGUGGACUCCAGGAAGAGGGAUCUCCUGCCUUGGCCCCAGGUCACCAUGCUGCUGGCUCUGUUGCUGCUGCUGCUGUUCCCAGACUCCCAGACUGCCCAGGGGCAUCCACUGUACACGCGCCUGUCCCCCAGCACCCUGCAAGUUCUGUCUGCCCAGGGGACUCAGGCACUGCAGGCUGCCCAGAGGAGUGCCCAGUGGGCCAUAAGGCGUGUGUUGAUGGAGAUCCAGCACAGACUGCAUGAAUGCCAAGGCUCUGGACGGCCCAGACUUCAAGCCGCCCUCCGGGACCCACCCGAGCCAGGACCAUGCGGUGAAAGGCGCCAGGGCGUUGCCAACGUAACCCGGGCUCACAGCCGUAUAGUCGGGGGCAACACGGCUCCAUCCGGGUCCUGGCCUUGGCUAGUAAGACUACAACUUGGGGGGCAGCCUCUGUGCGGCGGCGUCCUGGUGGCUGCGUCCUGGGUGCUCACGGCUGCACACUGCUUCUCCGGUGCCUCGAAUGAGCUUCUUUGGACUGUAACGCUAGCCGAGGGGCCCCAGGGGGAGCAAGCGGAGGAAGUACAGGUGAACCGCAUCUUGCCCCACCCUAAGUUUGACCCGCAGACUUUUCACAAUGACCUGGCUUUGGUACAGCUUUGGACGCCGGUGAGCCCAGAGGGGCCGGCGCGCCCCGUAUGCCUACCCCAGGGUUCUAGGGAGCCUCCUGCCGGCACCCCCUGCGCCAUCGCAGGCUGGGGGGCCCUCUUCGAAGACGGACCCGAGUCCGAGGCGGUGAGGGAGGCCCGCGUUCCGCUGCUCAGUGCGGACACCUGUCAAAAGGCCCUGGGACCUGGGUUGCGUCCCAGCACCAUGCUCUGCGCUGGUUACCUGGCAGGGGGCAUCGACUCAUGCCAGGGUGACUCCGGAGGCCCUUUAACCUGUUCCGAGCCCGGCCCGCACCCCAGAGAGGUCCUCUUUGGAGUCACCUCUUGGGGGGAUGGCUGUGGGGAGCCAGGGAAGCCUGGGGUCUACACCCGUGUGGCAGUAUUCAAAGACUGGCUGCAGGAGCAGAUGGGCUCGGCCCCCUCCACUCGCGAGCCUAGCUGCAGAGAACUUCUAACUUGGGAGCCCCGGGAGGAGGAGCCGGCCGUGGAUGCCGCGGGGCUCUGCGCCUUCUACGCGCGCCUGUGCCCGGGGUCCCAGCGCUCCUGUGCACGCCUGGCUCUCCAACAGUGUCUGCAGCGCCGCCGGCGGUGCGAGCUGCGGUCUCUGGCUCACACACUGCUCGGCCUGCUGCGGGGCGCGCAAGAGCUGCUCGGUCCCCGGCCGGGGCUGCAACGUGGAGUGCCCGUGCCUGCUCGCUCCGCUUCGUCGCUCCGGGAGUCUCCCGGCCACAAUGCCCGCGAACAACGGUUGUACUCAGGAUCGCAAGUUGCAGAAACCUGGUUCCAGAAGCCAAAGCCAGAGCGGCGCGCGGAAACAAAGGGCUGCCCUGGGCUGGAGCCCCUGCAACAGAAGUUGGCGGCCAUUCAGCGAACACACGCCUGGAUCCUACAGAUCCCGGCUGAGCAAUUGGCCAUGAACUUCCACGAGGUGCUGGCAGAUCUGGGCUCCAAGACACUGACAGGGCUCUUCAGAGCUUGGGUGAGGGCCGGCUUGGGGGACCAAAGUGUAGUCUUCAGCGGCCUGGUGGGCUUGGAGCCUUCUACACUGGCUCAUAGUCUCCCACGGCUGCUGGUGCAGGCUCUGAACGCCUUCCGCUCAGCUUUCCAGACAGAAGGAGAGCCCCAGGGACCCUGGAUGGGUGUGGGACAGGGACAGAAGCCAGGAAAGGAGCACCAACAACAACUCCAGCCUCUUGUUCACUGAGCCAGGAAGCCACGUGAGGGUCACACUGCCCCAGGGGCUAAGGAGGUUGUAGGAGCUAUGACAGACUCUCACUGUCCCAGUUGAUCUUGUAUGUGUGGAUAGAGUGGGGGUCCUGUACCUCACAUGUCUUCCCAAAUGUGUCACCAGACACUCACAGCUGCUUUAAUAAAUGUUAUUUAUAAUCCACA